UGUGUCCACAAGGGUGCCCUAGUUGACAGAUCUGGGACAGGUGACAACAUGGCGUCUUCAAACUAAUCCAAGCAAUGCGGAAAUGAUUCGUCUGAAAUACGAUUGCAUGGAUUCAGGUCAUUGGAUUUGUAUAAGCUUUAUUAACAGAGACAAAAAGAAAUAAUUUCAAGACAGUUUGAUGCUUUUUAGGGAAAUGGCUGGUACAAGGAGCAUCAAAAAGCUAUGAGAUGAAAAUGCUUCUUUUUCAAUUGAUUUUGUUUUCAUUGUCAUUUACUGCAACAGAAGCUGCAAUUACUGCUUCAAAACAAUAUGUAAUGGAUCAGAGAUCAGACUGUAUCAACACUGGCUUCAUAGACAUGCCAAGAGACCAAACUACUUAUGUUCGAGGAAGAUCUUCACAGUCUUCUCAGUCCCAGCUAACAUGUUAUCUCCAGUUCAGUCCCCAAACUGAAGGGGAUACACUCAAAUUGUGGAUAGUAUCUGGAUCAUACAUUCAAGAUUGUGAUGUCAUUCUUGAGAUUCAGAUGUCAAACAAUGAUAAAAAGACACUUGGCUGUCAGUCAAAUCUUGACAGCAUUCCUGAGAUAAAAGACAUUAACGGUAAAGCGACAAUUCGUUUGACUAGAAAAACAUAUGAUGAUGUCAGUUACAGUUUUCAAAUUGGAGUCACUGCAUUAAGAUCUGAAGCUGCUGUGGCUCCUGGUGAUGCAAGCUCUGGAAAUAUCGGAAUGAUUGUUGGCAUUGUAGCUGGCAUUAUUGUUGUAAUUGUUGUCACUAUUAUUAUCUGUGUUUGCUGUUAUAAGAAGUACCGAAAUAAGGAAGCUGAAACAGUGCCUGAUUACAAGAAAGAGGUGCCAAGCAAAACUAUCUAUGAAAAUAACUCACUGAGAAGUGGAACUUUGGCAUCAUCCCCAGGCUCUGAGAAAAAGUUGCUGGGCAAGGAUCAGCAAGAUAAUCUUGAAAGUGGUGCCAAGCCUAGAAGUGCUCUGGAUAGAUUUGGUCCUCCCCCUGGACAAAAUCAGAGAUCAAACCAAAAUUAUGAAAAUAGAAAUUUUGGAAGAAACAGGGCAGAUUUUCAAGAAAAUAAAGUGGAUGAAACAAAGAAAAUUGAACCAGUAAUGAGAAGAGAUAUUAAGAGAGAACCCGUUAGCACAAGACAAGGUCCUCCUCCACCUCCCCCUAUUGCUAAUCUCCCAGGGAGUCGGAGUCCAAGUACUUCCUCAACUGAAAAUCAGCUGCCCCCUCCUAAAACAGGAGUGUUAGCAGCUCUUCACAACAAUCCAAAAUUCCGUAAAUCCUUUCAUGAAAAUGAGCGAGACGCUGAUGAAAGAGUCAAACGAGUAUCUCAAAGCAUCUCAACAACUUCCUCCUCAUCCAUUAACUCAGCCGGGGCCCCACUAUCAAAGCCCAAACUACCACCGUUGCCCACAUCUGCCACCAGGUCACCUAGCCCAGAGAAACGAGGUCACGUUGCUGCCAUUCAUCGAGCUCGGCCAUCUUCAUCCUCUUCAGAUACAACACAAAUAGAUGAUAAACCUGCUCCAAAACCCGCUCAUCAGGACAAGCAACAUGCACUGAGACCUAACAGGGAAAAGAAGGUAGAACCAAAGCCAGAAGUGAAGAAGAGGAAGGACAGAAGUCGUGACACUGAUGAGAGUGAGGACUCAGACAGAGAAAGGAAAAACAAAUCAAGAUCUAACAGCAGGCAUAGAGAUCAAGAGGAAAAUGAAAGAGGGAGGAAAAAAGAUGAAAGAAAAUAUAGGGAGGAGGAUGAGGAAAGAGGUAGAACACAUGACAAAGAAUAUGAGGGGAGGUUCAAGAAAUCAGCCAGUGGACGAAAACCAAAGUCUAAAGGUCAAAAAAUGGUCAGGUCUAAAAGUACAGGAAAUGCCAUAGAAGCCUUAGAAGCAAAUAAUCAGCCAGCUCGCUCCAAAUCCUCUGGUAGUGUGCGCUCUCUUAACUUUACAGAAGAUGAUGAGGAAGAUGAUGAUUUAGACAGCAAUUAUAUGCCUUUUAAGAGAUCCGGAUCUAAGACAUCACUUUAUGCCUCCAGAUCAUCUUUAUAUGGUAGGAAACGUAAAAACUCAAUGGGUGAAACUGUGUCCCUGUCAUCUUAUGCAUAUGAUGAUAUGGACUCAAGAAUGGGAGAUUUUGAUAGAGAGAAAUCUUCAGGUGACAUGGCCACUGCUGUUGUUGUCAGAGAGUGUGCCACCUGGACAGGUAAUGAUAAAGGUGUUUAUGUCUUUGGUAGAAAGUCUUUGGCCAAAACUAGGCAUGGAAAGCGCUAUAAUCGUGGGGUGCAGACAAGUUUCCCAAGAGAAAGAAAAGAUUCUGUCGGCUCAACUAAAUCAGGGGUGUCGGUAAAAUCAAAUCAUUUGAAAUCCAGAAGCAAAAGUCAGGAGAGUCUGAGAAAACAUAAGCGCUCACGCUCAAGGGAUGAUGUGAGUGUGGCUAGCAGCAGAUCCAAAUCUGUAGACAGAGACUCCAGUGAAGAGGAUAAGAAGCGACACCAUCGUAGCAGAUCCAGGAUGAAUGAUUCUGAUGAUGAUGAUGACAGAAAGAGUAGAAAGAAAAGAUCUCAUUCUAAAUCAAGAGAAAUGGAUACAGAAAGUGAAUACAGUACAGCUAAGCCUAAACAUAGAGGUCACAGGUCAACUGGCUCAGCCAGUGUUGGCUUAUCCAGCUCUAAUGAAGAUGUUGAAUCAGUUGCAGCUUCAAGUGUUGCUCCAAGUGUCAACCCAUCGUCUGCCUACCUUCCUCAUCAGCAGCCAAUGUUUGCUCCACCCCUCAUGCCUGUUGGCUAUCCAAUGCCCUACCAGCAGUUUGGUGUUCCUUAUAUAGCAGGAGCUCCAGGUGGGCCACCAGUGAUGGUACCUAUGCCAGGUGUAGCUAAACCACCCAUUGCUCCAAAACCAGCUCCAAUUCCACAACCACAAGCCUCAAAGUGGGACCAGUUGGUCAACCUAACUGAGGGGAUGAAGAAGAGACGCCACCAGAUGGGAGAAUCUAUCGCUGACACAGCUGAUACAGAGUCAGUAUUGAGCUCCACCUGGGGCCAGCCCUACCCAGCCCAACAACCUUACUACUCUCCCCCCUCCUACACUACAGCUCAGAGUUCAGCCUACAGUGGACCAGCUAGUUAUGCCCCUCUUGUUGACAGAUAUGGCAACAACUAUGGACCCUCUGAGAGUAAUAUAUAAAACCAAUCUCAACCUACCUUACAUCCAAUGUUCUAAAAUGUUUUCAAAAAUUGUUAAAAAUCAAUGUUCUUGAAAAGUUGUAUAUUUUUUAGCAGUUGUUAAUUAUAUAUUUGAUCACCAAAGUGUUUAACUUAUUU